GGAUUGUGGGAACCUGUGGACUUGGGGAGACUCCGAAAGCGCUGUGACUGCCAUUGUUGAGGGUUUAGGGUUUAUCGGGUUUGUUGCUCGAUUAUGUGUCUCUCGCUAGCUACUUCCUCGUUUGAAGGUUCUACAAGGUGUUGGUUGGAGAUUAUCCACGGAUUGAGAAGAAAAUGGUGGUCACAGAAAAUAGCUUUAUCUCAGCCACCAUUACCAAGCUUCUUCCUUCUCAUCUGUUUGUGAGGACAAAUGGCAGGAAAUUCGGUACCACAUUGGCCAAAAAGAGAGAUUUGCCAGAGACUUCAAAAACCCAGAUUCAAAAACCCAGUUUUCCAUUCAGAGUUUCAAACAGAGUUCUCGCUCAAUCUGCCAUUGGUUUGUUCGGAUUGGGAUUCAUUGAUGCAGGGUAUAGCGGAGACUGGUCGAGGAUUGGUGUGAUUUCAAAGGAGAGCGAGGAGUUGCUGAAGAUUGCAGCUUUUGUUGUUGCUCCGCUAUGCUUAUUUCUUGUAUUUUAUCUCUCCAAGGAUCAAGAUGCUUAACCUGUACAUUGAACUUGAUUUUGUACUUGUAAAACGAUUUCUCAGUUAUUUUAUGUAGCUUUGCAAUGGGUAUAUACAUAUAUAAAUAUAUACAGAGUUCCUUA